AUACAUGUUUUGGAAGAUAUUUGCGAUAUUUUGUGUUACCCAAUUAUAGAUUUUGGGCAUUAAAAAUAUGUUAAUGAGAGAUUAACUUGUAUGAUUGUAUCUUUAAGGUAAUUUCUUAAUUAAACACUCAAGAAAAUUUGCCCAAGUAACUCAUUUAAAAUCCUUGGUGUUUUAAUCAAGAGAUUUGUAUCCAAAUUUUUUACAAAUCACUCAUGCCAAAAUUCCUGAUCCAAAAGAUCCCUUGACGUGAGUGAUUUGCACUUUCCUACGUAUUUUACUAAAAGCAAUAUGAUUUGUCGUAAACUAGUUGUACCAUUUGUCGAACCAUUCACUUGUGAGCCUAGCAUAAACCCGGUUUGACAACCUUGGUCAAAAUCUACGGGAGAGAGGGAGAGUUUGUCUCUAGUUGACGUAACACAAUCGAAACCACGAGACGAAACCUCACAACUCUGUUAAACCAGCGCGUGACUUCACAGCUCCCCCUCACUGCCGUCCUCCGCCACCAUCAGCUCCAGCAAUGGCAUCGAAGCCGGUCACCGCCCCAGUCCCGAUCACUUGGUACCCAACCCUAUCAGUUCUCAUGCUCUCCAUCGGCCUUCUCAUCACCGCCUCCUUCUUCAUCUAUGAAGCCACAUCCUCGAGGAAAACCCGCAGUCUUGGGAAAGAACUGACCACAGGAGCGCUGGCAUCUUUCUUCCUGGGUUUUGGGUCCUUGUUCCUGCUCCUCGCAUCGGGCGUUUAUGUUUAGGCUAGACUCUUAUGAUAUUUACUCCCCGUAGAACUGCUUAAAAUUUUGUCGAUGAGACUUGCUUUAUAGAAGAAAUGUUUGACGGUUUUCAGCUGAAUAGAGUAUUUUGGUAAUGAGACGCAGAACGUUUUCUUGUCCUUGAUAAUAGUUUGGAGUGGUCUAUUUUUCCAGACAACCUCAGUGUUGUGGUUCGCAGUUGCGGUUGGAUUAACUACCCAAGUUUUUUUCCACUCUGUAAUUCGCCGUUUCUUGAAUUCUGUCAUUCUUUUUUAUCAACAGUGUAGGGGAAGAUCAUAGUUGUAUGUUCGAAAAGAUGAUAAAUGAUGCUUUGUGAAUGAAUCGAAAAAUUCGAAAAGCAUACGAGUAACGAGGAUUGCUGUAGGUAAAUCUUUCCCUAAACGAGUGUGUAUGGUACUUGGUAGCUUUGUGGACAAGUAAGCAAGUAGAUAGUAAGAACAAGCAUUGCAUUAUAGUUAAAAAAAAUUGCUAACUCAGGCAAGGAACGAGAAAACGUGUGAAUUGAAUUAAACCAAUAGUUCCUA